CUCUCUCUCCUGCCUGGGUGUGCGUGAGCUCUUGAUCUCAUCAAGCCACCUCAUUCGCCUGAUUGGUGUCUCUGUUAUCUGGUGAAGCAGAUUAAAGUUUCUGUCUUUAAUCUGAGAAUUGGACAAGUUAGCAUUUUGGAUGUGAUCACUGUAGGGGAAAAAAAGUGGGUAUGGUUUGAUGGAGAUUUAGAGAGACGCAGAGCAUUUGGCGGUUCCCAGCUUCCUACCAUUCGUCUUUUUUCUGUUUCUAGUUGUUUUUGCUGUUCAGUGAGUCGUGUUGAAGAUGGAGAAGCCGGAGAAUUCCAGGGAGAAAGAGAAAGAGAGAGAGAGUAGAGGGAUUGAAAUGGAAAAGCAGAAGAGCUUCGGCAGAGGGUUGAUGGAGAAGCAGAAGAGCUUCCGGAUAGCCAUGGAGAGACAGCUCAGCUUCAUCUCCUCCGACAAGAAGAAGCCCAAGGAGUCGCCCGGCAAGCGUGGCGAUUCCCCUCUCCAUUUGACGGCUCGAGCUGGCAAUUCGAGUAGAGUGAGGGAGAUUCUUCAUAAUUGCUCUGCAAAUGAAUCCAAAAGCUUGCUGUCGAAGCUGAACCUGGAGAGCGAGACUCCGCUUUACACCGCGGCGGAGAACGGGCACGUCUCGGUGGUGGCCGAGAUAUUGAAGCAUUCUGAUCUUGGGAGCGCAUCAAUUGCGGCCAGGAAUGGAUAUGAUCCUUUCCAUAUUGCUGCGAGGCAGGGCCAUUUGGAGGUGUUGAAGGAACUGUUGCGUGUAUUUCCCAACUUGGCAAUGACAACAGACGCUUCUUGCACAACUGCCUUACACACAGCCGCCGCUCAGGGUCACACUGAUGUGGUGAAUCUCCUAUUAGAAACAGACUCAAACCUCAUCAAAAUUGCUCGAAACAAUGGUAAAAGUGUGCUGCACACUGCUGCUAGGAUGGGUCACAUGGAAGUGGUGAGGUCCCUGUUAAACAAGGACCCAAGCAGUGGCUUUAGGACGGAUAAAAAAGGCCAAACUGCGCUGCACAUGGCCGUGAAAGGGCAAAAUGAGGAGAUUGUCCUUGACUUGAUAAAACCCGAUCCCUCGGUUUUGAGUUCGGAGGAUAAUAAAGGGAAUACACCACUGCACAUUGCCACGAGGAAGGGUCGCAUACAGAUCGUGCGGUGCUUACUAUCAGUCGAAGGCAUCAACCUAAAUCCAAUCAACAAGGCUGGGGAGACCCCACUUGAUAUCGCAGAGAAAUUUGGAACUCCAGAACUCGUCUCUGUGCUAACAGAAGCGGGUGCCUCCCAUUCCAAAGACUAUGGAAAACCUCCGAGUGCUGCGAAGCAACUUAAGCAGACAGUUAGUGACAUUAAACAUGACGUCCAAUCUCAACUCCAGCAGACACGUCAAACCGGUGCUAAGGUCCAGAAGAUAGCAAAAAGGCUGAAGAAACUUCAUAUUAGUGGCCUCAACAAUGCCAUUAACUCGGCCACUGUGGUUGCUGUUCUAAUUGCUACCGUAGCCUUUGCUGCUAUAUUCACUGUACCAGGUCAGUACAUCCAGGAAAAAACCAAAGGUUCCUCAGUUGGUGAAGCCCACAUCGCCAGAAAGGCACCUUUCAUUAUCUUCUUUAUCUCCGACAGCUUAGCCUUAUUUAUCUCCCUGGCUGUUGUCGUGGUUCAAACAUCGGUGGUGGUGAUCGAGGAGAAAGCAAAGCGGCAGCUCGUGUUUGUGAUUAACAAGCUCAUGUGGCUCGCAUGUCUUUUCAUCUCCAUUGCAUUCAUCUCCCUCACUUACGUUGUAGUGGGUUCAAGACACAGGUGGCUUGCUGUGUGCGCGACCUUGAUCGGGAGCUCUAUUAUGCUUACAACAAUUGGGUCCAUGUGCUACUGUGCCAUUAUGUAUAGAUUAGAGGAGAAAAAGCUGAGGAACAUAAGGAGGGCAGAGAGCCGCUCUUACUCCAUGUCCGUGGCUUCUGAACCUGACAUACUCAACAGUGGGAACAAGAGGAUGUAUGCGCUGUGAGGUCGACAAUUCAGUGCAUGGAGUGGCCUAUCGUAUUAGACAUGGAUAUUAAAUAGAUGCAUAUGGUGUAUGGAUAAAUCAUGCGAGGAUAAUGUACGCUGCAGUGCAAGUUAAGUCUACUACUGUAUGAUGAUGAUGAUGAUGAUAAUAGGAAACUGCCAAGGCGAUUGCGAGAUGACGGGGAGACACCAGGCGAAAGAAAUAUUUGUUUGGUGAGGCAACGGCAUGAAACUGAGACUAAAUUGGAGUCAAUUCAUUU